GAAGUGAGCCACCAUGUGCCUAGUAGUCUCCUCUUUUUUUAUAACUGCUUAUAGCAAUAACCAAUCCAUAACUAAUAAAUAAAUUUUCUCAUAGCCAUGCCUCAGAGACUUGAAUGUGAAGUAAAAGGUCAGGCAUCUGAAUACAUGAGUUCAUUUUGUCAAAUUCCAUCCCUGUUUAGCAUCUAGUCCCCAAGUUCAUUGGACAUGGCUCCACGUUCACAACGGCGAAAGCACAAGAAAUCCCCACCUGUGACUCCCGUGGUUGUAAUCCCACCCACAGAAAUAUCUUCGGAACCUUCAACCCUCUUAAAAGCUGACCCUAGCAUUGAUGCACUUGGCUUCAUUUCCUUGGAUAAUAAUGUACCAGGUCUGUCCCAGUUGAUACUUCAAAAGCUGAACAUGAAAAGCUAUGAAGAAUACAAGUUGGUAAUAGAUGGGGGAACCCCAGUAUCAAGCUUUGGAUUUCAGUGUCCACAAGAAAUGUUCCAGAGGAUGGAGGACACAUUUCGAUUCUGUGCUUACUGUAAAGCACUCCCUUGCAGACUUCCAGAUCACAAGGUUCUCCGACAGUGUAAGAGGUGCAGAAAUGUCUAUUACUGUGAUACAGAGUGCCAGAGGUCAGAUUGGCCAGCACAUAGGAAGGUUUGUCAAGUGCUCCGUCUUGUGGCUGUGGAUCGUGUCAUGGAAUGGCUUCUGGUUACAGGUGAUUUUGUCCUACCCUCAGGACCGUGGCCAUGUCCAGCAGAAGUUAUACACGAUUGGGAUGCCUGGUUUACUAUGAGGGGUUUACAGCUAGAGUCUACACUGAAUACUGUUCUAAGUAGCAAUGCUAUGACCACGCUUUGGGCCAAUCUAGGAAGGCCACAGCCAGAACCUGAUGUUCUGUACAGCUCUUUGAAGCGGUUGAUAACAGAUGUUCUGUCACGCCCCUUGACCCUGGGCCUAGGGCUUCGGACUCUGGCCAUAGAUGUUGGGAAGACUGGAGGAAGCACUUUGCAUAUAGUUGGUGCUUCCCACGUGGAGACAUUUCUCAUUCGUUCUGGAGAUUAUGAUGAGCUUGGCUAUAUGUUUCCUGAACAUCUUGGCCUCCAUGUGAUCAUGGUGGGUGUGGAUGUGGGUGCUAACCUUUUACAGAGUUCCUCACCUUUACCCCUGGAGCCUGGAACAGUUCAGCUUAGUGGCCACAAGGCUCUAUAUCAUGACUUCUGGGAGGAGCAGAUAGAGACUGGGAAUCUAGCCCAUCCACAUUUGGUGGCUGCAUUCCAUCCAGGUUUUCAUGCCUCCCCAAUCUUGAUGGAAGCUUGGCUACCUACCCUGCUGCUACUUCGUGACCAUGAGAUUCCAACGUUGAUUACUGUUUACAGCCAACAGGAAUUGGAAGCCUCUUUGCAGAUUCUGGUGAACUUGGAUACACACAUCAUUGCUUGUGGAGCUAAUCCCUUCACAUCCCUCAAACCUGAACAGGUUUAUUCUAACCCUAAUAAACAGCCAGUUUACAGCAGUGCCUACUACAUCAUGUUUCUUGGAAGUUCCUCCUGCCAACUAGAGAAGCAAUUAGAAGAAAAAGCAGAUGACUUUUCAAUAAUUGAACCAAAUCCUAACCUGAAAAAUGGAAGCUUAUUCAAAUCAUCACAUUGAUGUCAAAUUGUUGCCAGCUUUGAAAUCUGCUGAAUGCUAAACCUUAUUCACAGCCCCAGUAAAGA